UCCGCGUCUUUAAACGAACCCCUACUCUGGCGAUCCCUUAAAUGCGUUAUUGAGAUUGAGAGCAAAUAACCUUUUAUAGACAAACAUUUAGCAGAAGCGGGUAUGGAGGUGGUCAUAUUGUCUCAACACUCUGGUAUACUUAAGCUUUCAACUGGUGUAGUGGUAGCACCGGUUAAAUAUUUCAUUUUUUAAUCAUUCGUCAUCGAAUAAGUGAGCGGUCAACUUGCUGUCGUCUGCGUUUUUUUAAAUUUUUAAAAUGUACGGGUUUAGUUAUCAGGAGCUAACUCACAGAAUGCUGUCAUCAAUUGAGGAAUUCCAAGAAGCAUUCCAGUUAUUUGACAGCCGCGGAGAUGGGAAAAUCCACGUCUCUCAAAUAGGCGAUGCCCUGCGGGCUUUGGGACAAAACCCUACGGAGUCAGACGUCAAAAAAUUUACGCACCAGCACAAACCAGAUGAGCGCAUAAGUUUUGAAGUAUUUCUGCCAAUCUAUCAAGCCAUUAGCAAAUCACGUACUUCUGACACUGCUGAUGAUUUCAUCGAGGGAUUACGUCACUUUGAUAAAGAUGGAAAUGGAAUAAUUUCCUCAGCUGAGUUGAGACACCUGCUGACUACACUCGGAGAAAAAUUGAGCGACGAAGAAGUCGAAACUCUGCUUGCUGGGAGUGAAGAUUCCCAGGGAAAUAUUAAUUACGAAGAGUUCGUUCGUCAAAUUAUGUGCGGCUAAUUUAUAUAUUAAUUUAAAGUUAAGCAAUUAUUCCUAAUGCAUUUAUUUAAAUCAUUUUUUUUCUUAUUUUAUCAUUUAAUAAAAGUAUAUUAUUAUUA